AUGGAUGGAGACCCUGCUGUUGAGAAUGAGCUCGACUCUUUCAGUCGCACUCUUCCCUUACCCUAUAGAGUUGCAUUGAUCAUUGUAUUAGGAGUCUGGGCUUGGGGCGCAAAUCUUCAUUAUCUUUCAAUUGUUAAAAUUAACGUUCCCUCACUCAUCCAAUACCCACAACGAGCUUCUCCACGAACUGAUCCUCCGCAUCAUUUGUCUGCGUAUCGACUUGCUACUUAUCUCACAAUCCCCCUUGUCCUCUCAAUCCUCCUUUUCUGGGCACUCUCACACCGCGACCCAGCUCUAGUAAUAUACUAUGACUUUCUUCCGAUAACUUACAUUUGCCUUCUCUUCCUCGCAUUUCUGGUUCCUUUACGCCGCGCAUCUUACUCUGGUCGUCUCCAUUUUCUCUCCGCCCUUAAGCGUGUUUCAAUUGGCGGUCUCGCUCUUCCUAAUGAAGGCAAGUUCGGCGACAUCCUCCUGGCUGAUGUUCUCACCUCCUAUGCGAAAAUUAUAGCCGACCUUUUCGUCUCUUUUUGCAUGUUCUUCACCCCUUCUGGAAGCGCAACUUCUCGGCCUGAUCGUGGUUGUGGUGGACAAUAUCUCGUACCGAUUAUGAUCGCGAUACCUUCGCUUAUUCGUUUCCGACAAUGCAUAAUCGAAUACCUACGAGUUAAGAAUUCACGCUCAUCUACUGCUGGAUGGGGAGGUCAACACUUAGCCAAUGCGCUCAAGUAUUCCACGGCAUUUCCUGUGAUUAUAUUCUCUGCUAUGCAGCGAAACCUCUCCGUAAAUGAAACCUCGAUAAACAUUACCACAACAACACUCUAUCGAUUCUGGCUACUAAGCGUACUCAUCAACUCUCUAUACUCUUUCUACUGGGAUGUGACUAAAGACUGGGACCUCACUCUCCUGAUUCCAUCAUCAAAAAACACAGCCUCCUACCCCCUUCGACCUCGCCUAUAUCUCCCUACACAAGAGCUCUACUACAUUGCCAUCCUUUUUGAUUUCCUCCUCCGUUUCACAUGGUCUCUCAAACUCUCUCCUCAUCUUGACCACUUUGCCGAUUUUGAAAGCGGCAUUUUUUUAUUAGAGGUAUUGGAAGUCGCUAGGAGAUGGAUGUGGAUAUUCCUUCGAGUGGAGACGGAAUGGGGACGAGAAAAGGAAAAGGGUAAUGCAAAUGGACUGCUAGGUGGCCCAGGAGUAGACGAUGUUCUGUUAGGCGAUUAUAGGGAUGAGGAUGACUAUAGUGAUUAA